AAUCAAAAUGAAAAAAAAAAAUCUAUCCACAAAAUUCUCAUCAAAUCCUUUUAUCAAACUAACAAUUUCCUUUGUUCUUUUCCAAACCAACACACUUAACCCCACUGCCAUUGGUCUUCACCUUCCUCAAACCAACCUUUCUACUCCCGCGCUGUUUACUAGGACGAAUUAUAUAUAUACAAUUCUAUAUUGUACACAACAUUCAUGCCCUUUGUGUGAAAAACAGUCCUUCACUUCAUCUUGUUUCCAUGGGAGGAUCCUCACCUACUGCUAAUCUCAUCACAAAUCCUUCCAAUCGAGUUUCCUGUAACCUCUUCGUGCUCUCUUUGCCUCUCUUAGUUUAUCGCUAAUCGUACCUAAUCGUGAAUGAUAAGUAAACGAUAGAGCAUCGCGGUUUGGCGCUCAGCUGCUCCGCUUGCCUUCCGCUGUCCGCUCUCUCUUAUCUCUCUUCUUUUUACAAAGGAAAGAGCAGAACAGAGGAAUCAGGGGAGGGAGGUUUUGUCGUGGUGCUUCGCUGGUGGUAUCUGGUCACCGCUAGUACGGUCACCGCCAUUCCCGCAUGGCCUCGUCGCCGCUCGUUUUCCUCCUCUUGUUCUGCUUCCUCUAUGGGGGCGACGCCGACCUGGCCUCCGACGAAGCCGCGCUCCUGGCAUUCCGCGCCGCCGUCGCCCGGUCGGGGCUGCGGACGUGGAACGCGAGCGCCCCCGGCGCGCCCUGCACGUGGCAGGGAGUCAGCUGCGACCGGAGCCGCGUCGUCUCCCUCCGCCUCCCUGCGGUAGGCCUCCUCGGGCCGAUCCCGGCGGCGCUCGGCAACCUCACUGCGCUCCACACCCUUAGCCUCCGGUUCAACGCUCUUUCUGGCCCGCUCCCCGCUGAGCUCGCGGGCCUCGCGGAGCUGAGGAGCCUCUACCUCCAGGGGAACCGCCUCUCCGGCGGCAUUCCGGAUUUUGUUGCUUCCUUGAGCAAUCUCGUUCGUUUCAACCUCGCUGACAAUCAGUUCUCCGGAGGGAUCCCGCUGGGGCUUAACAAUCUCACUCGCCUGAGCACGCUCUACCUCGAGAAAAACAACCUCACGGGCGAGAUCUCGGGGCUCGAUCUGGGUAGCAUCGUCCAGUUCAACGUGUCCUACAACCAGCUCAACGGGUCGAUCCCGGUCAGGCUCCGCUCCCAGCCGGCGUCCGCGUUCAUUGGCACGGCGCUCUGCGGAGGGCCCCUGGGGCCGUGCCCUGGCGAAAUCGCGCCCUCCCCGUCGACGCCGGCACCGGCUCCCGCUUCAGGGCGUCCCGGCGGCGGAACGGAGACAAAUAACAACAGGAAGAAGAAUAAGCUCUCCGGCGGGGCGAUCGCGGGGAUCGCCAUCGGCGCCUCCGCAUUCCUCCUCAUCGUCCUCGCGGCGCUGAUCCUCCUCUGCCGAAGGCGAAAGGCGCGGUCUCUGGGCGCCACAGCUGCGACGGGCAGUAAAGGGGCAGAGACGGAGGCGGGAGAGCAAAGGAACAGAGGAUUAGAGGAAGGCAGCGGCGGCCGCAACGUCAGCGCGGCGGCAGCGAAGGGCUCCUCGGAGUCGUCCGGGGCGAAGAAGCUGGUGUUCUUGGGCGGCGACGCGGCGAGGCGGUUCGACCUAGAGGAUCUUCUGCGGGCGUCGGCGGAGGUUCUAGGGAAGGGCACGUUCGGGACCGCAUACAAGGCAGUCCUAGAGACCGGAUCGACGGUGACAGUGAAGCGGCUCAAAGACGUGAGCUUGCCGGAGCAGGAGUUCAUGGAGAGGAUCGAGGCCAUCGCCGCCAUGGACCACCCCAACCUGGUUCCCCUCAUGGCCUACUACUUCAGCAAGGACGAGAAGCUGCUGGUCUACGAGUACAUGCCCAUGGGAAGCCUCUCUGCUCUCUUGCACGGUAACAGAGGAUCUGGUCGAACGCCUCUCAGCUGGGAAACAAGAACCGGCAUUGCCCUCGCCGCCGCUUACGGCAUCGAGUACAUUCACUCCACGAGCCCUUCUUCCUCGCACGGCAACAUCAAGUCCUCCAACGUCCUCCUCACCAAGUCGUACAGCGCCCGUGUCUCCGACCACGGCCUCGCCUUCAUCGUGGGCUCCAACCCCACCGCGAGCCGCGUCUCCGGCUACCGAGCGCCGGAGGUCACCGACCCCCGGAAGGUCUCCCAGAAGGCCGACGUCUACAGCUUCGGCGUCCUGCUGCUCGAGCUGCUCACCGGCAAAGCCCCGACGCAGGCUGCUCUCAACGAGGAGCCCAUCGACCUCCCCCGAUGGGUGCAAUCAGUCGUCAGAGAGGAAUGGACGGCCGAAGUGUUCGACGUGGAGCUGUUGCGGUACCAGAACGUGGAAGACGACAUGGUUCAGCUCCUGCAGCUCGCCAUUGACUGCGUGGCGCAGUACCCCGACAAGCGGCCUCCGAUGUCCGAGGUGGCCGUCCGCAUCGACGAGAUCCGAAAGUCGAGCUUAGGAUCGUCCUACCGAGACCAGCACGACACGCCGCGAAGCUUGGAAGAGGAUGACCACUCUUAAAAUGGAACUGUGAUCGUGGUUACGUUCUUUUCAUUUCUUGCCAUAAAUCAUCAGUCUGUGCAUGUUUGUUUGCUCCUCUUUCAAUUCGAAGCACAAUUUGUUCUUCUUCUUUUGUUGUUCAGAACACACAACCCUCUCCAGUGACUCCAUUGAUACAUAUCUUCAUGCCAUUUUUCUUCUGUCA